AUGAAGAGGCAAGAGGCGCCUGUGCAGGCGGUGUCCAUCCAGCCAAGCCAGUAUUGGGAUGGAAUCGAUGGCCCCUGGUCUUCCUUUCCGCUGCAACUCGGGUCAGGGAGUGUGGGCGGGCAGCAGGUUGUACGAGUGAUGCCAUCUACGGCAGGAAAUGCGAUCUGGGCAAUCGCACCUCAAGGCUGUCCGUCCAGUUACGGGUCAGGAUGCGCAAGCAGUCGAGGUGGCCUCUUCCUGACAAAUGAGUCCUUGACCUGGACGCCCAACUCCAUCUACCAGACCGGCAUCGAAGCCAAUCUCGAUCAAGAAGCAAGCGGCUUCGCAGGCUUCGACCACGCCAGUCUCGGAUGGUCGGGCAGUCCUACUGUCAGCAACUCCCACGCCAUCAUCUUCGACAUCGCCGACUCGAACUACUGGCUGGGCGUCUUCGGCCUCAACCCCACCCCGACGAACUUCACCACAUUCUCCGAUCCGCAGACGAGUUUCAUGACCUACCUACUCGACACCCACGCCAUCCCCUCCCUUACUUAUGGCUACACGGCAGGAAACCAAUACCGUGGCGAGGCCGGUGUCUUCGGCUCCCUGACCCUCGGCGGCUACGAUGCGAACCGCUUCUUCCACAACGAAGUAACCUUUGAUUUCUUCGCCGACAUCUCGCGUGACCUGCUCGUGAACCUACAAACCAUCACCGCAACCGAAACGUCACCCACGAAUCUCCUCCCAGGUGGCCCAAUCGCAAUCUACAUCGACUCUACGGUGCCCGAAAUCUGGCUCCCACCAACCGCCUGCGCCGCCUUCGAAGCCGCCUUCAACAUAACCUGGAACACCACGCUCAAUCACUACCCCAUCACCGCCGACCAGCGACAGCACCUGCUCAACCUAAAUCCCAAAGUCACCUUCACCAUGAGCCCAGACGUCUACGGCGGAGCGAGGAACGUCUCCAUCGAGCUCCCCUACGCCGCCUUCGACCUGCAGCUCUCGUUUCCCAUCGUCGACACCGCGACUUACUACUUCCCGCUCAUGCAAGCGGCCAAUGAAACGCAGUAUACCCUCGGCCGCACAUUCCUGCAAGAGGCGUAUAUCGUUGUCGAUUACCAGCGGCAGAACUUCAGCCUGGGUCAGUGCCGGUGGGCACAGGAGAUGGUGCAGACGCCGAAUAUUGUGACGAUUUCGCCGCCUAGUUCGGCGAGUGCGAGUGCGAGUGCGUUGUCCGGGGGUGGGUUCGAGCCCCAUUUGUCGACGGCUUUUAUCGUUGGUGUGGCUGUUGGGGGUGCGGCUGUGCUUGCUGCUGUGGCUCUUGGGGUCUUUUUGAUGGUGCAGAGGAAGAGACGGAAGGCAGAGCAGCAGCGUCUUGCAGCGGAGAAGUCAGCAGCCGUUGAGCGAACAAGCCCGCACCGCCCGCUUAUCUCGUGGCCCAUGGGCGGCGAGCUAGGAGGCACUGGGGUGCAUGAGAUUGCGCAGCCGCUUAGACCCGCGCAGGCGGAGAUGGACGGGCCAUAUAAAACAGAUCCACGGCAGCAUGGGUACUCUGAACUAGGCGGGCAUGGGUACUACAAGGCCUACUAUCAAGUGCAGGAGAUGGACGGGACGACGCCCAUAUAUGAGAUGCCAUCAGAAGUGGGAAGAUAA